AUGGUUCGCACGAUCCUCAUCAGCUUGCUUUCGGUCUCCGCCGUGGUCGUUGCGCUGCCUCAGGUCCAGCAAGAUGCUACUCCAACCAGCGGGGCGCCAGCCUCGGCCAGUCUCUCGCCUUCACAGCUCAUCGGCAUAGUUGGAUCGAUCGAGUCCAUCCUCCCGGGUAUCAACAAUCUCGGCGGAACGUCACCGGCAGCAACUACGGCAGCACCUGCAGCGGCCGCGCCUGUCACUGUCACAGCGGUGAGCAUGGUCACGGCAUCGCCGAUCGCUCAGGCUACGCCCACACUAGCUCAAGCCGCGCCCGUGGCAACGUUGGCGGGCUCGCCUCUGUCUGGAGCAGUGCCUGCUCAGGCGCAGACUGUCGCUUCUCCGGCCGUCGCCCAAGGUGUCACUGGUGCAGCAUCACCUGCAGCGGCCGUAGCACAACCUGCCGGAGCCGUUCAAAGUGUCGCGCCAUCGGCAGCAGCAGCAGCGGCAGCAGCACCUAUCGCGCAGGCGGCUUCGCCCGUUGCCCAGUCGGCCGCUCAGAGUGUGAUGCCUCAGCAAGCGGCAGCUGUACAGAGUGCCGCUCCCGCAGUGCAGCAAUCGAUCGCGCCGGUGCAAUCUGCCUCGCCGCUUGCAAAUUCACCCUUUGCUGCACUUAUCCCGCAAGCAAGUUCGCAGGUGAAUGACUGA